AUGGCGGCGACAGGUGUAUCACUCGAGAAUUCUCUAUUUUGAACAUAUGCUUUUUACUCUUCUCUUUUGAUCCUGAAAAUGAUGUUCAUGUCGAAUCUUACUACCAUCAAUCGAAUUAUAACAAAGGCCUAUAUAAGCCCUGAAGAUGUCAUUAGACUUAACGGUAAAGUAAGAAAGGACGAAAAAGUAGAAAGAGUUAGAAGGGCUCAUCUGAACGACCUCGAGAACAUCUAUUUUUUUUUAAUUGUUACUCUGAUUUACAUCCUGACAAAUCCGUCGUACUUUUUGGCAGUUACGCUUAUUAGAGCCUUCACACUUGCCAGAUUAAUUCACACAUUAGUUUAUGCCGUCGCCGUCGUUGUUAUCCCUCAACCAAGUAGGUUUAUUGCUUUUCUGGUCCCCUCAAGUCCCUAA